ACACCUGUUAUCAAACAUGGAGCUCCUUACAUGAAGUAAAUUACAGUGCUGUGUGGAAAGAGACUAAAGUCAGACAACUUCUUUCUCUGUUUCAGAUGAGCGAGACGACAAAGGACAGGGUUUAUUGUGAGAAAUGAAGCGAAGGGAACCGUGCAAAUAACAAUCCGAGGAGACACUUUGAGACAGGCGGUGAUGGGGAAUUCAGAGAGCCAGUAUAGCAUCCAGGGCCCUAAAGGCACGAGCUUUGUCUUCCCUGGAAAACAGAAGCCAUACUCACUGAAGUUCCGCUCAUCCAAAGAUGAUGCUCUGUCACCUCAUACAUGGUGGAAGAAUGCCCCAUUAGGCUCAGGGUACAAGGUCCGGUCUGUGGGCCGUGGCUGUCUUUCCCCUCCCAAAAGCCGGCAGCCUUACUCCACUCGUCACUAUGACUAUGUCUCCAAGGGAGCGAGAGGCAGCCCAAGUGAGCAUCGUUGGCAUCGAUCCCCUGGAUGUGGUAUACACAGGCGGCAUGUGUCAGAUGACUAUGAAGAUAAUCCGUAUGGUGCAGAGCUCAAUGGCCACACCCUGAAUGGACACAGUGAUGAACAUGAGGUUUUAGAAGAACAGAGUAGCCCACGGGUGGUGAUCAAAAAAGAUGGCAGUCUCAGGGUGGAGUUCACCAACACCUCAGGCAAUGCCCUACUGUUGGAAGAGGCUUCUGGUCCUGUCCAGCUCCUCAAGUUCUCUCCCAACCUGGAAUCUGCCUCUAUCCCCAGUCUGCCUGGUUCCAGUGGUAGUAGGCCCGAAAGCCACCGUAGCGGUCCACCACCAGCCUCUACCUCCUCCACAGCCAGGACCAGUAAAGGAAGCUCACUGAGCUCUGAUGGUUCCUGGUAUGACUCGCCCUGGGGUCCCAGCACAGAGCUGUGUGAGCAGGACCAACCCUGCUCUGCUGGCCGGACACUAGUGCACUCUCCAAUUCACCAACUUGACUCUUUCACUGAGCAGUCUCACCCUUUGUCCAUCACAGACCUCUACAGGGAUCCCACAAUGGCUGCUACCUUUCCCACAGCCAAGGAACUGACCUCCCAUUUACAGGGGGCUCCACCAGGCCAGCGGACACACCGAGCUUCCUUUGCAUCAGUCCUUGAUGUUCCUUUGGAGGAAGAAUGCCAAGAGGCCCGGCGGUACUCAUCAUACACUUUGCCCUGUCGAAGGGCUAAAACCCACACCAUGGGUGAGGAUCAGGACCAAUACCCUGAUCAGGAACAGCACCAGGAGCAGGUUGAACCAGAUUUUAUCUUCCACAAGAAAGGUUCUAUCAAAAACCGCAUGCGACGCUUCAGUGACUGGACUGGCAGCCUCAGCCGUAAGAAGAGAAAAUCUCAGGAGACCAGGUACAAGGACUUGAGUGAUGCCUUUGACAGUGGAGUUGAUGGCCUGACUGCAGACACCAGCUCCCCCUCUCAGGUCUCAAGUCUCCUCUGGUUCUCAGGAGCCUCCAGAGCCCAAUCGUCAGGGGCUAUUCACCAAACGACCAACGAUGCCCUACGCCAGAACAUUUAUGAGAACUUCAUGAGAGAGCUAGAGAUGGGCACCGGACAGGGAGGGGGUGAGAUAGGAGACCCUUCUACCGAGGACGGGGAGAGCAGCAGCGAGUCGGCUGAGGGCUCCCUAGAGCAGCUGGACCUACUGUUUGAAAAGGAGCAAGGAGUAGUCAGACGGGCUGGGUGGCUUUCUUUCAAACCCCUCGUCACCUUGCACAAGGACAGGAAGCUGGAGCUGGUGACCCGUCGCAAGUGGAAACAGUACUGGGUGACCCUGAAAGGAUGUACAUUGCUGUUCUAUGAGACAUAUGGUAAAGGCUCUCCAGAGCAGGAUCUAUCACCUCGCUAUGCUCUCCUGGCUGAGGACAGCAUUGUCCAGGCCGUUCCGGAGCACCCCAAAAAGGAGAAUGUCUUCUGCCUGAGCAACUCAUACGGAGAUGUCUACCUCUUUCAGGCCAGCAACCAGACUGACCUGGAGAACUGGGUGACAGCUAUCCACUCUGCCAGUGCGUCUCUGCUGGCCAAGCGCCAGGGGAAGGAGGAUACAGUGCGUCUGCUGCGGAGCCAGGUCCGCGGCCUCCUGCAGAAGAUUGACAUGGAUGGGAAGAUGAGGAAGAUGGCUGAGCUUCAACUGACGGUAGUCAGCGAUCCCAAAAACCGCAAGGCCAUUGAAAACCAGAUCCAGCAGUGGGAGCAGAACCUGGAGAGGUUUAACAUGGAUCUCUUCAGGAUGCGCUGCUACUUGGCCAGUCUACAAGGUGGAGAGCUGCCCAACCCAAAGAGCCUGCUAGCUAUUGCUAGCCGCCCCACCAAAACCACUCUGGGACGCCUGGGGAUCUUCUCUGUCUCUUCCUUUCAUGCACUGAUCUGUUCCAGAGAUGAGGCCACGCUCAGGAGGCGCUCCUUGUCCCUGACUUACCGACACCGCAAGAGAGGCCUGUUCUCCUCACUCAAAGGCCUCGACAACCUCACCAAGAGAGGCCGGGACAAGAGGCCGUCUGCAUCACAGAUCUUUGAGAGCGACGCUGGAGGUCAAACGUACGCCCUACCUCCCAGGAGCACCGAGAGGCUUGAUGUGCUGACCAGCAUCUACUCCAUGUCGCCCCCUGAGGGUGGUGUGUGGGACAGCAUCAGUGGUGCCACAGACGUGCUGACGUGUGUCUACAUGCCAGACAGCCUGACAGUCCAAGUUCCCGUCAGGAGGGACCAGACAGCCGCCGACCUUCUCUCUGUAGCCUGCAAGGUGAAACAGCUGGACCUGGGCCUGCACUGCCUCCGACUGCACAGGCAAGUGGGAAAGGACGUGGAGUUCCGAUAUGUGGCUCCUGGCGAGCUUCUCCGAGAUCUGGUCAAUGAUCAGUUGGAGGUGGUCGCAGUUAAUGUGUUUACACUGCACAUGAGCAGGCCAAGCGGCACUGGAGACUUUGGUUUUGCAGUAACAGGACACAUAGACAGUCAAAAGAACAGCAGGAUCUUUGUCAGUGAGGUGCUCCCUGAUGGACUGGCCUUCAGUGAAGGUUUGCGUCCAGGCGAUGAGAUCCUCGUGCUGAAUGGCCGCUGUGUUUCGGGGCUGGACCUAGCACUAAUCCAGACGCUGUUUGCUGAGCAAACCCUCCACAUGAGCCUGAGGCGGGACGGCCCACUGCCUCCAAACGUGGCACCCAACAACCCGGCCCCUACUUGCAAACACAAGCACCGAGCCAAGUCCUCCUCAGUUUUCUCAGAGGGGCCCAGGAUGGCCACUGCAGAAGCUGUACCAACUGUAACCCCGCCAGUGAACGAUGACGACCCUCGGCCGUGCCUCUGCCUCACUACCGUAGUCGAGCUCUUUAUGCAGGACCAGUCGCUGGCCCAGGCUCUAUGCUCUUUGCUGGCCAUGUGCUGGUUCUGGCCGUCCGACAGUAAAGCAGAGGAGAUGGACUUGUUCCUGGGCUCUGCGCUGCUCAGCCUCGGACGACUCCUCAAAGACAAACUGGCCUGCCUGGCCCAGGACAUGGCCGACUGCUUUUCCUGCCAGAGAGAUGCCAUAAGGGACAAACCGAGCGUGGACACAGUGUGCACUCUGUACCAGUCCUUCCAGGAAGGGACCGGCUCAGGAUCAGGAGGUCUGAUGGAGGACAACAAAGAACCACAAGUGAGGCAGGUUGGGGAGUUAGGGCCCGGCUCCACGGGCGAGGCCACUCUGCUCAGACCCUGCCCCAAGCACAUGAGUGGCACCGAGAGGUUAUGCAAGGUCAUCCAGGAGCUGGUAGACACAGAGAAGUCUUAUGUGAAGGACCUGGCGUGUCUGUUCGAGAUCUACCUGAAACCUCUGCAGAAAGAAACCUUCCUCACACUGGACGAGAUGGAGAGUCUGUUUGGCAGCCUGCCAGAGAUGUUGGACUUCCAGAGGGUCUUUCUACAGACACUGGAAGAGAGGAUCGCCUCCUCGCCUGACUUCAGCACCCUUGAGACCCCCUCACAGUUCAAGAAGCUGCUGUUUUCUCUUGGGGGUUCGUUCCUCUACUACGCUGACCACUUCAAGCUCUACAGCGGCUUCUGUGCCAACCACAUCAAGGUUCAGAAGGUCCUGGAGAGAGCUAAGACGGAUCAGGCCUUCAAGGAAUUCCUGGAUGCAAGGAACCCCACCAAGCAGCACUCAUCCACCCUGGAGUCCUAUCUGAUUAAACCGGUACAGAGGGUGCUCAAGUACCCCCUGCUGCUUAGGGAGCUGGUCUCCCUCACUGAUGCUGACAGCGAAGAGCACUACCACCUCACUGAGGCUCUGAAAGCCAUGGAGAAGGUGGCCAGCCACAUCAAUGAGAUGCAGAAGAUUUACGAGGAUUACGGCUCCGUCUUUGAUCAACUAGUUGCUGAGCAGACCGGCCACAAUAAAGAGGUCACAGAGAUCUCUAUGGGAGAGUUUCUGCUGCACUCUUCGGUGGUCUGGCUCAACCCCCAUCCUUCGCUGGGCCGCAUGAGAAAAGACCCCGAAAUGACUGUGUUCGUGUUCAAGAAGGCGGUGAUCCUGGUCUACAGGGAAAACAACAAGCUGACGAAGAAGAAGAUGGCAAACCAUCGUUCGGCACAUUCUCACGGCGAUUCAGAUCCAUUCAAGUUCCGUUGGCUCAUCCCGCUCUCUGCGCUGCAGGUCAGACUGGGUAAUACUGCAGGAACAGGCACGGAAAGCAGCUGCAUCUGGGAGUUGAUUCACUCCAGGUCUGAAGUGGAGGGGAGACCAGAGACAGUCUUCCAGCUGUGCAGCAGUGUGCCAGAGAGCAAAGUCAACAUCAUCAAGGUGAUCCGCUCCAUUCUCAGGGAGAAUGCGAGGAGGAACAUGAGGUGCGAGGGCACUGUGGAGAGGGGCUGUAAGGAGCGAAUGACCCCCCUGCGCCACACUCUGCCUGCCUCUGCCAAGCUAGGUUCUUCUAGGGCUUCCUGGUUAUGUAAGCAGCCAUUUGAAGAUCUCCCCACCCAAGCUGGGAAUCCCAAGCCUGGACCAGACUCGGAUGAAGGAAGCCUGAGCAGUGGAACCUACAGUUUGUCUGGGGCUCCUCCAACCUGCACCUCCUCUGACUCACAUAUCCUCCACGUCCAGCAAAAUUGGUCUCAGACACCUGGGUGUAAUUCACAACCUCCCUCCACCUCUGUGAAGGAGUCAGAUAUUUUAAGUGAUGACGAUGAUGGCUUUAGCGAAACGGGGAGAGUGAGGAGGGACAGUGGAGGCAGCAGCUCCCCAACUAGCGCCAUUGAGGCUCAGUUCCUCCAACUUAAACUCUCAGAGGACGCCGUGUUAAAAUGCACACCGGCCCCCUGCGUCCAACCGGAGGGAGGGGGUGACACUCCAGAGAUCGAGCCCAAACUGAUGCGAGGCCACUUCACUGCUGUAAAGAGAAAAAGCAACAGUUGCAGGAGGAGCCAGGGUGCACUGUUGAGCAUGAAGGAGCACAGCAGGUCACUUGACAGCCAGACUGAUGCAGCAUCGUCUUCCGGGGCGGUGGACCUCAACACGCUGCUGGACAGGGAGUUCAGUGUCCAAAGUCUUACUUCAGUAGUCAACGAAGACUGUUUCUAUGAUCCAGCUGAGAGCUGUGCCACUGACUCUGAAAAAGCCCAGAGCUUAGAAGAAGGACCCCCCUCCUCUUAAGGGCGUAAACAGAGCAGAACAAAGACUAUACUAUCUGUGGACCACAAGUUUGUGGUCAAAAAGGUCUAAGGUGCUGACUAAAGCGCCUGUGGCUCACUGCAGACUCUAACAAGGUGGCUAUGAAGCUGUGUCUCAACUCGGAAGUCCAUUUAGUAAGCCGCACACCUGCCUGGUUAGGGUCAGGUGUACAUGAUCUGUUCUGAUGGAAGCCUAUUGGCUGACAGACACGGAUUUUCCCCCCUGGAGAAACGAAGCGAGAUGAUUUCUGUCCCAGUGAUAAUGACUGCAAUGAAUCUGCUAAGCACUGAUGCGCACCCUCGGUCUCCUCUGCUCUAAGCCUUGCCUCCUCCCUGCAAACCGUUUCAGUGACGUAUUCCAUCCAAGUUUUCCCUGCAGCUCAUGCUGAUUUGCAGUUUUUAUUUGGUUUUUGACCUUUUCUGUGAAGAAAUGGGGAGAAUGUUCUUUGUCUGUAUGGUCAGUCUGUCGGUCCCAUAAGUUAAUGAGAUGUCCACUGUGCAUGCAGCCACAGGACACUAAGGUAAAAUACCAAAAGGUCUCUUGGACGGACACACUGGUGCUUUAGGACAGUUUGCUGGGGAGCAGGCUUUCAUUUUUUUCCAGGCUUGGUAAGGUAUGCAUUCGUAUUUGGUUUCACAGAGCCAAAUACUAUAGGUCACUCACCGCUAUUAUCCAUUUUCAUAGAAAAGGGAGUGAAUGAAAGCUUUCGCAGACUAAUAAGAUUCACCCAAAGACCUGCUGCAGUAAAGUCAUACUUCCUGUGAAGAGAUGACAUUGGCUUAAAUUGAACAGGAAGGACACUGACUUGCGCAACAAAGCCUUUUUGCUGUAUUUUGUGCACUAAAGUACACUGUUUGCCUAUAUAUUUGAAGUAUUUUUAUCUGUACAGGUUCUAAUGUUAUUAAUGCUGUUUUUAUUUAUUAAUAGGUUUGAUUAUGUAUAUCUAAUCAAAGUAACUUUUUGGGUGAGGGCUUGAACGGUAAGAUUUGGUCCACUAGUAAAUAAAAAAUAAAUAAAAAAGCAAUACAACUUGACUUUUCUUCACUUCAUUUUAAAUGUAGCCUACUGGAUUUUGGUUGUGUUUUUUUGCUGAAGAUUGUAAUUUCCAGUGUACACAUUGGAAUGUACAAGUGUUUUUGAGAUAUGGCUGCUUAACUGAAUGAUUCUAAACUGCAAUAAUUUUAAAAUCCCAAUGUUUCUUUUUAUGUUUAUGUGUCCUGUAUAUAUAAUCUUUUCUAUCUUUUAAACAUUUAUGUAUUCUCUUAUACAUACUUGACACUGUACAGGCAAGAAACAAGGCAGGAAUUUGCAAUAGAUUCUGCUGAUAUUUUUGUAAGACAUUGUUUGCUACAGCAUAAAGUACAUGUUGAGGUACUAUACAAAAAAAAAAAAAAAAAAAGGCAAACCACUACUACAGUACAUUCUUUACCUUCUCAGCUCAAAUUUCCCAUGCCUUUAAUGCUAGCAUACCAAUGAAUGUGAAUGCCCCAUUUUUAUGGAACUGUUUUAUAAAUAAAAGUUUUAUCUGUGAGUGACA